AACUAUUAGUGUUGCAUCGGGCUUGAUUGAAUCUCGAGGUUGUUUGCCUURUGGUCAGUUCUACAACAGCAACGAAGCAAACAAAAACAGACGAUCCCAACGACGAUCCACAGAGCUCUAUUCGUUCAUGGGAUCGGAUGGUGGGCUUUUAGGCAUCGGGACACCUGAGCUGGUAAGAUCAUUUUUUCGUUAAAUAUGGCACCAUUUCUAGAUGUUACAGCGUUUUGAAGAUAUGUAUGCAUAAAGCUUGGUUUGCAUGCUGAAAUCUCCUGUUCUGUUUUCGUCCUUUGUCUUUCCCUUGCUAAUCAAAUUGUGUUGUUGUUGYUGGCGGUGGUUUGUUACUCUAGUUUACCAUCAUUUUGAUCGGCUAUUUCGUAUUGGGACCAUCGGAUUUGUACAAGCUUGUGAAAGAGAUCGGAAAAUUCAUCCAGAACUUCCAAAGUUUUGCUGCCGAGGCUACAUCGACGCUUGAAACAAAUAUGGAAUCGCAACUGCAGCUUGAAGAAAUUCGGAAAACCCAGCAAGAACUCAACGAUGCAUUUUCUUUCCGUCGGUCCAUCAAUGUYGAAGAGGACUCCGAUCCUUUCGCUGUCAAUGUACAAUCGCCACGAGGAGAGGGCAACAGUGCCAUGUCAACAGCAGAAUCCGAUGCCCAGUAUGAUCUUUCGACUACAGCCACUAGUGGGGCAGCUGUGGCUCCAAAAAAGAAGAAAAUGCGAAGAAUUAAGAGGAAGAAAACGCCCGUCGUCGACUCACCGGUCGAGGACGAGAUGCCGAAGGUCCCAUCGUUGGAURCAGCAAACAUAAAUCAGCAGCUUGCAAACGACAUUCCUGCCGAAUUGGAUAUGGAUGAGGAGCUACGAAUGGCCGAGGAAAAGGCAAUGGAUGCUGUUUUUAACGGUAGCAACGAGGGAAUGAAGUUAGAAGAGAAAGAUACAUCGACGUURGCCGCCGAACUCAGAGAGGAACGCAUGGAACGUUUGCAGCGUGGUGCUGCUCAGUCGCAAAACGAUAAUUCUGCUUCUUCGAUCGAACAAUCCCGAUUUCAACAACAACUGAGCGGAGAUUGGAACGGUCAAAUCCUCGCAAACAACGACAAACUCGAACCGUUGGGAGAGGUCAUGAAUCUUUUGGCCGUACUGGAGGAAGAAAAAUUGGCUGCGGAUUUAAGGUUAAAGGAAGAAUUCAAGGCGAGAGAGUCGAACGAGGAACGAUUUUAUCAGGAAAAGAGAAAACUGCUAGAAGAGGCAGCCGCCGAAAUUCAGGCAUCUGCUUACGCCGGUAAUAUCCCAAUGGCAUCAGCUCCACCGACAGCGAACAAUGAGACUGGAAACAACAUUAUUUAAAGCGAAGACUUUUUGUCUUCUCACCUAAAUUAUUCACAAAAUGGAUGAUCCCUGGCUCAAUUCUCAUGUCGUCGCAAUAAUAGAAUUAUCAUUAUUUA